CCCAAUCGCCCGGCCUUCCCACCGCCGUCUGAUUCCGGAAAUCAUCGCCGGCCGGUUCCUCUCUUCGUCCGGUCGUCGGCGAGUUCCAAUUUCAUUGAGCAGCUCACAGUUAUUCGUUCGUUCUAAUCGCAGUUCUCCUUCGUCACCUGCAACUUCUGUCGCAGCUCAUAUCUCUGCCUGAGUCUCCAGCCAGAUCAUAUCCUAUCCAUGAUGACAAGCCUCUUCUGAUUUCACCUGCAUAAGGACAAUUGCAAAAUUGGUGUUGGCAAUCUUCGUUUGCCCCUCCACAAAGAGUGCAUUCCAGAUCCCUAACCAGAUACUAAUUAAAUCUACACUUAGGGUUUAAGUUCAAGUGUGCUAUUAUUGACACCUCAAAGGAAGUUCAUCAUGCUUGAGUGAAUUGGACCAUUAAUACCUUCUGGUUGUAUCCCCUGCCAAGGGGUUCAUGUUGAUUGGUGAUUGACCACGCUGAUUUUGCACAUUAACCCACUCAGGCUCUAAUGUACAUAACCCUUCUGAAUUUCUGACCUAACUUGCUUUGCACAUCCAAGAGAGUACAAAUAUGGCAUUGCAUCGUUUCUCUAGAGCUUCCUAUGGCUUCCAUCGUUACUUUCAGCCAUCAAUUGCUGUCCUUUCCAUACCCUGGAAUCAACAAAAUCCUAGCUCUAGUUCCACUCAUCAUUCCAUCCUAAACAACAACCCUUCCCAGACCUCUUCUUCACGUCCCUCUAAUUCUAUUCAAGAUUUUGAAAAAUUAUAUUCGAGGUACUUCAUACACUCAUCUUCUCCAAAAAUUGGACAUUUGGGUCUCCAGCAGUAUUUAUAUUUCUCCACGUUAGGCAACUCAGAACCUAAGAAUGAGCCGAAAUCUUCUUGGAUUGAUUUGUAUUUGCCCCAAAGAGUUCGGCCCUAUGCCCAUUUGGCUCGACUGCAUAAUGCCAUUGGGACUUGGUUACUCGCUUGGCCUUGCAUGUGGUCAAUUACUCUCGCAGCAUCGCCGGGGAGUAUACCUGAUGUUAAGAUGAUGGCUCUGUUUGGUUGUGGAGCUUUGCUUCUACGAGGUGCUGGAUGCACCAUUAAUGAUCUACUUGAUCGUGACAUUGAUGUGAAGGUAGAGAGAACAAGGUUGAGGCCAAUUGCCAGUGGAGUUUUGACGCCAUUUCAGGGGCUGUGUUUUCUUGGCUUUCAGUUGCUUUUAGGUCUUGGGAUCCUUCUACAACUAAACAAUUUUAGCCGUGUUUUAGGAGCUUCUUCUUUGUUGUUGGUUUUCUCUUAUCCCCUCAUGAAGAGGCUGACGUUUUGGCCUCAAGCUUUCUUGGGACUAACUUUUAAUUGGGGAGCAUUAUUAGGUUGGGCUGCCAUUAAAGGUAGUCUUGAUCCUGCUGUUGUGCUGCCACUUUAUUUAUCCGGUGUGUUUUGGACACUUGUAUAUGACACUAUAUAUGCUCAUCAGGUAUUGAAUUUUAUUGAAUUAUCAUCUGAAAUGGGAUCUUGAAUAUGAAGUAUUUAUAAGAUAUUGGAAAAUAAAAAGGACUUAAAUAAGCAGUAACAUUAAUUAAGCCUGCAGGCUUGAUUCUUAUUUUAUAUUGUAGCUAAUAGCAACGCUAGGAAACACAGAGUAUGCUUUUUAAACUUCUAAUACCAAAGCAGUUCAAAUUGGGCAAGAAACUAAGAAUCGGGUGUGCAUUAGUGCCUUAUGAUGGUAUUUUAGAAUUUGGCAUUAAUAGAUAAAUUUAAUGUAGUGUUUACUAUUUCUUUGAUGAUGAUUAUAUGGUGAAAUGUAACUGCUUUUUAGCAAACAACUUAUGUACAAUUUACAGUCUUAUGAGCAUUUUGUUCAUUCUCUAGGUAUAAAUAUUCAUUCUUUUA